AUGCUACCUCCAGUGCCUUCCCUGGCGGCAUACGGUCUGUCGCCGGAACACGGAUUCCUGCCGCCAGAGCUGCCGCUCGAGACCUUACCUGACCUCUACUAUGCAAAAUGGGAAGCAAUUGCGGCAAACCUGCAGCCGUUGCUACUCAGCAAGCGCAUUCGACCCGUGAUUGAUCGACUUCCUCUGCUCUCCACAGAGCACCUGCAGACGGAGGCCGAGUGGCGUCGUGCAUAUGUGAUCUUGGUCUUUCUGCUCCACAGCUAUGUCUGGGGCGGGGAGCGCCCAGCCGAGAGAAUUCCACCGCAGCUUACGGUGCCCUUAUACCAAGUCUGCGAGCGCCUGGAGGUGCCCCCCGUAGCGACCUACGCGGGAGUCUGUCUUUGGAACUAUAAGCCCAUCUUCCCCGACGAGCCUGCCGAUAGCCUCGACAACCUCGCCUGCCUACAGACAUUCACAGGCUCUCUCGAUGAGCAAUGGUUUUAUCUGGUAUCUGUGGCGAUCGAGGCACAGGGCGCUCCGGCACUUCCCCUGAUGCUGCAGGCGAUUGCGGCCGCUCGCGCCGGGAAUGCGAGCCAGGUCACCGCCUGUUUACAGCGGCUUGCCGAGAUUAUCGACGAGAUUACCUUGCUGUUGCAACGAUUAUAUGAGAAUUGCGACCCCCACGUUUUUUAUCACCGGAUACGGCCCUACCUAGCCGGCAGCAAGAACAUGAGUGAGGCGGGCCUCCCUCACGGUCUGCUAUACGAUGACGGGACCAAUCCCCCCGAGUAUCGCCAGUACGGCGGUGGGAGCAAUGCGCAAAGCUCACUGAUUCAGUUCUUCGAUAUUGUCCUAGGCGUGGAACAUCGUCCGACGGGGGUCGGCCCCCACGACCAGAAGAAGUCGUCGUCGCCGUCUACUUCAGGAACAGCAAGGCCGCGUCACGGGUUUAUUCACGAGAUGCGCGAAUACAUGCCGGGCUCGCAUCGUCGGUUUUUGCAAGAUGUCGAAGCUGUUGCCAACAUCCGCGCUUAUGUCGACGCUCGGCGCACGGAUCCUGCCUUGCGGAUUGCCUACGAUGCCUGUUUGUCGAUGUUGCGAAACAUGCGCGACAAGCACAUCCAGAUUGUUUCCCGCUACAUUAUUGUUCAGUCUCGUGGGAACCAACAAGCACCACCGUCCAGUAUGCGUCCUGCGGCCAUGAAUCUAGCUACCGUGGUCCCCACGGACGGUAAAAAGCUACGUGGUACGGGUGGUACCGCGCUCAUUCCUUUCCUCAAACAAGCCAGAGAUGAGACAGGUGAGCCUGCCAUCGAUGCGUGGGCGCGACGACUGCUCAGUAAUACACCCGGUGCAAUGGACUCGGCCUCGCUGAGCAAGGUGGGAGAGCAACCGGAUGGACAUCUUCAAGUGGUUGGCCUCUGCGGGACGUGGACGGCCGACGACAGCGAAGGUGGCAUCUGCCACUGGUGA